CAAACAUGGAAACUAAAGAAGAACUAGGAGCUAAAAAGGACGAUGCUGGGAAACCUAUGAAAAGUACAGUGGCAAAGGUCAUUGAAACUGGAUUUCUCGUGGCGGCAUGGUCGGUCAUGGGUAUAUAUUCGGAAAUAUACGGGCCCACUCAGAAAGACCUGGUUCUGAAACUAAACGCAGACUAUGAGCAGAUCGCGGUUGCUAUUUCCGGGCGGACGGUGGGUUGGUUUCCGGGGUGCGUCCUGGGUGGGCUGUUGGUUGAUCGGUUCGGACGCUGGUGUCACGUGACGUUGGCGGUCAGCCUGGAAGUUGCCGCCGCCGCUACUGUGGCCGUGCCUUACAUUUCAAGCGUCAAUCUACUUUGGGCAAUCUGCUUUAUAGGAGGCAUCAUGGAGUCCGUGAUAAACAUAGCGGGCCAAAAGUUGCUUCUUAAACUUUGGCUGGAGAAGUCUGCAAUGCCGAUGAUCCUGUUGCAUUCUGGAUACGGAAUCGGAUCAUUCCUCAUCCCGCUCUACACCAACCCGUUCCUCGCCCUUGUGAAAACUGUGGACGUGCCCAUUGACGACAAGAACAGCAAUGUUACUGUAAUACCUUACAUUGACCAGACUCAAACCUAUACAGAUGCCACACAAGAAACACUAAUAAUUAAGGAAUCGAAAAUUGAAUAUGCUUACAUGAUUUCAGCGGGAAUUGUUGUUUUACACUCAUUAUCGUUUUAUUUCUUCCAAAUUCGAGAACGAAAGUUUCAAGAAAUAAACGUUGACAAAGCUAUUGGCAAAAGUACCAAAGCAGAAGAGGACAGAACGCUGAUUGAGAUGGUGAACCCCGCCACGUGCACGGGAGGUCGGGCUUGGUAUGGGGUGCAACUGUUCCUGUUGAUAUUCCUACACUUUGCAAACGCUGGCGGAGGGGAGCGGAUCGUGGCCAACUUCAUUCGCAGCUUCUCUAUAGACCAGCUGCAGUUCUCCAAUGACGACGCAUCCUUCUUAAAUACGACGUUUUGGAUAAGCUUUACGGUAGGGCGCGUGCUGUUUUCAGUCGCCGCGAGGUGGGUGUCCAUUCGGAUUUUGAUAGUGAUCCAGACUGGCGGCCUCACCGUCGUUGCAGUCCUCAUGAACCUCCUCGGCAGACACAACACCAUGGCCCACUGGGUGCUCGUACAGCCACUCGGGCUUUUGGUAGGGCCACUCUGGCCUUCAGGCGUGGCAUGGGCCGACUACCAUUUGGAGCUGACCGGACUCGGCAUGAUGAUUAUCAUGCUAGGUGGAUCUUUGGGUGGUAUUUGCCAUCUUAGGCUUAUAGGCUAUCUGUACGAAAGCUUUGGUCCUCAAACAUUCCUGUAUCAAGUUGUGGGCUACGCGGGCCUGGCACUGGUGUUAGCAAUUAGUCUUGAUGUGGUUGGCUCUCAACAUGGUAACAGAUUUUUGUGGAAUAAAGUUGAGAGAGAAAAAGAGGUUAACAAUUCUGAAAGAUUGUGA